AUGGCUCUUACUCUUAGGAUCAAGAACUUUCUUCUAGUGUCUCUAUUACUCCUUGCUCCCUUGUUCUCUUCAGAUUUGGUUGAAGGCUUCAAUGAAGGCAUGAACCAACUUCACUCACUUCACAAGGAUGGCAUCCAAAUGAUCAAUACAAGGAAGCUUUUGCUGGAUGUGAUGGAUUAUGAUGAAGCAGGACCUAGCCAUAAGCAUGACCCUAAAGGAAGACCUGGUGGCAAGAACCGUUGA